AUGGCUGACAAAACCCCAUUAGUUGUUAACAAUGAGGAUGAUGAAAAAUUUUUCAAGAUUGGAAUGACAUUUAGUUGUGAGGAUGAAGCUUAUAAAACAUAUAAUAUGUACGCAAUUCAGAAAGGGUUUGGUGUUCGAAGGGGGCAAAAGUCAUAUAAUCGGAAGAAUGAAUUACGUCGGUGUAUUUUUCUUUGUUCUUGUGAGGGGUUUUCACCAUAUGUCCCACCACAUGAGCAAAGAAAAAUUGAGAGAAUAGAUACUAGGUGUGGUUGUAAAGCUCGUGUUAGGUUUGGCAUUGAAGGUGAUGUUUGGACAGUGAUUGAUCUAAUAGCUGAGCACAACCAUGAGUUAAUUAAGGAAGAUCAAAGGCAUUUGAUUAAGUCUGGGAAAAAAAUGACUGAAACUAGUUCAAGUGUUCUACAAUCAAUGACAAAUGCUGGAAUUAGAGCAACUAAGGCGUAUUCUUACAUAACAAAUGAAGCUGUGGGUGCAAAGAAUGUUGGGUUCACAUUGAGGGAUUGUCAGAAUUUUUUACAAUCUCAAAGAAUGAAGAUGAUAGCUGCCGGGGAUGCUCAAAAUGAGACCACGUCUUCAUUUAUUUGGUUGUUCGAAUCUUUUUUGGAAUCUAUGGGAAACAAGGCUCCUAAGACUAUAUUCACUGAUCAAGAUCAAGCUAUGUCAAAUGCUAUUGAAAAAGUGUUUCCCAAUACUCGUCAUCGUUUGUGUGAGUGGCAUAUUGCAAAGAAUGCUACUACAAAUAUCCUCAGCUAUAUGCACAGCCUGAAUUUAAGAACAAGUUUUUCACUAAGUUAUUACAUGGUUGUGAAAAUGAAGAAGAGUUUCAAAGUACUUGGGAUAAAAUGGUUCAAUGUUGGGAUCAUUAUGAAGAAAAUGCGUGAGGCUGAAAUUGAAGAUGACUAUAGUUGUGCUCGGGGGAAACCAAAGUUGUAUGUUCGCAAUAAUGGGAUUUUGAAACAUGCGUCUACCAUUUACACACAUGUAAUUUUUAGAAAAUUUCAAGAUGAAUUUUUGCAAGGUAUUUCAGAGGUGAUCCUGGAUAAAUCUCUUGUAGAGCCAAUGCAUGUCUAUACUUUGAAAAAUGAAGGUGGCAAAAGAAUACGUGUGGUUCAUUUUAAUCCUGCAGAUUUGAGCAUUACAUGUAGUUGUCUAAUGUUUGAGUCCAAAGGUUGGUUAUGUCGGCAUGCUUUAAGGGUUUUGAAUGUUGAAUAUGGUGUUAAAAAUAUUCCUCCACAAUAUGUUCUAAAGAGAUGGACAAAGUCUGUCAAAGAAGGAAUUGUGAAAGAGUUUGAUUUUGGAAUGUCAGAAGGUGAUUUGGCAUCAUCAAAGACCAUUCGGUUCAACAAUCUGAUGAGAAAGAUUGAAAUCAUAUAG